AUGACACCGCCACUACCAAUAGAAUGCAUCGAGGAUAUUAUAUCCAACAUUGUAGAGGAUAAAGAUACAUUGUAUUCAUUUCUUCUUGUUAGCCGAUACUGGUGUAAACAUGUGGCACCGAUACUCUGGAAACGACCAUUCUCCCUGCUGGGUCGACCUUCCGCCCUACUGAUACGCACCUACAUUAUGUGUCUUUCCCAGGAAUCAAAGCACCUUUUGAGUUCCCACAAAAUCGAUCUGAAUUUUGCGAAUAAAUGUGGAGUUCCAUAUUUCGACUAUGCGACUUUUCUUCGUGUUCUCGAUUAUAGAGGUCUCUGUUAUUCGAUUUUCCAAUGGUUAAGUCUUCAUCAGGAUUAUCGCUUCGACAAGCUGGUAUUUUUGUUCGCACGGGAGUUGUGUAAAUUGUUCAUGAGUCGAUGUUCAAACUUCGAUGGCCUCUAUAUGGAUACUCGGGGGAUGGACACGUGGGAACUUCAGAUGGACUACCUGUUGAUACCUUGUCUUCCCGGUGCCGAAAUGUGUCUGGCAAAACUAGAGCAUUUCACCUGCGGUGGAAAUUAUAACGGUAGUGGGAUGCUAUGCGCAUUAUCUAAAGUAUGCAAAAAUAUCAGGAGAUUGGAUAUUUAUAAUUCCAACAAUUUCGAACCGAUGGGAGGAUACCUUGCGAUGUUAGUAGAAGCUCAAAAAGGUCUGGAACGCUUCACUCUAAUCGGAUAUUAUUGUCUAAUUUCCGAUGUAGUACUUGCGCUAAACACACAAUCCCGAUCGUUGACUUACGUCGAACUAACAAUAAACGAUUUUUUCGAGGACGAUCUAUCACUCAGCUCACUGGCAAACU